UCUACAUCUUCCUCCGCGCAAUUAAUUCUCUCCGAUCAAAACAGCCAAUUUGAUAAAAUGUCGUGGAUUCGAUCGGCGGUGAGCAAAGCGGUGGAAGUCGGCGGCAACAACAAUAUCACCCGUACGGUUCGCGGAUACGCCGACACCGUCGUCAACCAAGCCGGACAAGCAGUUGUCGGCGGCGCUAGGCUCAUCCAGGAUCGCAUUGGAUCUCGGAAUUUCCAAAAUUAUAAGCUAGCAGUAAAACGAUUAGAAGAAGUUUCGGUUUCGUGUAGAGGGGCGGAAAGAGUUCAGUUACUACGAAGAUGGUUAGUUGCCUUGAAAGAGAUAGAGAGACUAAACGAACCUGUCAACUCCGAACACAAUGACAAGUUCGGUGAAUCGAAUGGUUCUCCUCACGAAAAGCCAACUAUGGUAUGUGUUUCGCCAAAGGCGUGCUAUAUAUGUAUAUAUGUGUGUGUUAUGUAUUACGAUCACGAUCUUGGUGGAGAACCAAUGAAUUUCCGCGAUGUAUUCCUUCACAGUCAAGCCCUUGAAGGCAUUACGCUGUCUUUGAUUCUUGAAGAACCCGAUGAAGAAGAACUUUCGCUGCUUCUGGAGAUAUACCGAUAUUUCGUUUCCAGGAUCUGCCUUAAGGGUGGAAAAGAAGCUCAUGAUGGGACAACGAGCAGUGUUCGAGGUUUGGCAAAAGCAUUCUCAACCUACAAUGAAGAAGUACUGGCAAAGAGGGAAGAACUGCUGCAAUUUGCACAAGAAGCUAUAGCUGGACUUAAAGUAAAUGCUGAGAUAGUAAGAAUAGAUUCGGAAGUCUCGGAUAUACAUAAGAAACUAGACGUCAUGAAAGACCAGCUGCCUCUGAGUGAAGAUAUCGGGAGAUCGUCUGAAUACGGAUCCGGGAUGUCUACAGAGAAUUUAGAGGAAGCGCUCGAGCAUGUUAGACUUUGUUCCCGGUUGGAGGAGCUUCUAUUGCGGAAGAAACUCAUGAAGAAUGGGGAUUCUCCAGCAGCCCAUAUUCAAAAGAUUGAUAAGUUGAAGAUAUUAUCGGAAUCUCUUGCAAGCUCUGCCUCAAAAGCUGAAAAGCGCAUUUCAGAGAAUAGAAUACAGAAAGAAGAAGCUCUUAAAUUUCGUGUAGCUAAAAGUGGCGAAGUGAGCAUACUCGAAAAGGAAUUAGUUGCUGAAAUCAAAGCUCUUGAUAUGAGAAAAGACGAGCUCGAGGAAGAGCUAAAAAAGGUUACAACUGCUUUAACUUCUGCGCAUGGCCGCCUCCACAACGCGAGGGAAGAAAGAGAUCAGUUCGAUCAAGCUAGUAAUCAGAUUGUUCAACAUUUCACUUUGAAGGACGAUGAGCUGGCUAAAUCGAUUACUUCGUAUAGAGCAGAGGCAGAAGUUUGCAACAGAUUCGUUAAUUUUCUCGAAAACACGCAUCUUUUCCAGUCAUCAUAUUCUAAACAAAACGAGAAGCUGCUCAAGUAGGUGCUCUCUUUUCCACACUUCAUAUUUUUCA